CACAUUCUCAUACUAUGGAAGGAACUUCUCGAACUUUUCCUUACACCGUAAAAUUCAUUGGUCUACUUGGUAGUCAUGCUCUUGGUAGAAAUCCAAAGUUCAUGGCUACAGCGGUAGAUUUAGGAAGGGAAUUGGUAAGGCAAAAAAUCAGGCUUACCUAUGGAGGAGGCAACGUUGGCCUUCAAGGAGCUGUUGCUUCAACAGUCUAUACCAAUGGUGGUAUAGUUAGAGGCUUCAUACCAGGGUACAUAGCAGCACGACAGGUUUACGAACCUACAUAUGGUGUAGAGUACACCGUUUCCAGCAAUUACUAUAUGUACUUCGAAAUGAAUCAUGUUGUAGAAGCUUUCAUCAUACUUCCUAGGGGAAUUGAUACUUUGGAAGGUUUGUUCACUUUGAUCUCAUGGGCAUCCGAAGGGUUGCACAGUAAACCCAUUGGUCUCUUGAACAUUGACGGCUAUUUUAAUAACCUAAUCAAAUUUCUAGAUGACGCGGUGAGGCAGAACUUCAUGGCUUCCUGUCAGAGGAAACACUUCAUCUCUUCUUUCUUUAUUGAUGAGCUUUUAGACAAGCUAGCAUUUGCUAAACGAACCAUUUGCUAAAGGUUUAGCCAGGAAUUGUUGCUUUAACGAACCAUUUCGAUUAACAAGAUAUAACGAACGGAACGAAAAUACUUUAGAUAACAGAGUUUAUUGUUUCUAAACAUUCGUGUUUGAAUCAGCGAUCCGAUCAUGUUGAGUCCACUUGAGGAUCUCCAGCACCGGGUUCAGAGAUGAUGUUCGUAAAAUCAACAUUAAUCGUUUCU